AUGCGGGGUAUUCAUUGGACUAAAUGGGAGACAUUAUGUGUGAGCAAGCAGAUUGGAGAAUUGGGAUUUAGAGACCUUGAGGCUUUUAAUCAAGCUCUUCUGGCAAAACAAAGUUGGAGAUUAUUCUUUAAUUGCAAUUCCUUGGCAGCGAGAAUUUUCAAGGCCCGAUAUUUUCCGCAUUGUAAUUUUUUAGAAGCUGGAUUGGGGUAUCGACCCUCACGUAUUUGGAGUUCGUUGAUAUGGGGGAAGGAUUUGUUGAAGGCGGGUUUGCGGUGGAGAGUUGGAAAUGGUGAAGGUAUAUAUGUUUAUCAGGAUCGGUGGGUGCCUUUACCAAUGAAUUUCAAGAUUAUCUCAACGCCACAAUUCGAUGUUUCUAUGAAAGUAUGUGAGUUGUUUAAUGCAGCUGGACAAUGGGAUGAAGAACUAUUAAAAGCUAAUUUUUGGGAACAGGAAGUGAAGGCUAUCCUCCAAAUUCCACUGGCUUCAAAUCAUAGAGAGGAUAAAUUAAUUUGGCAUUAUGAUCAAAGCGGCAAAUACUCAGUCAGGAGUGGUUAUAUGGUUGCAUGCAUGAAGAAGCAAAGGGAAAAUGGCAUGGAAGGGUCCUCGACACAAGAUGGUACAUUUUAUGGAAAAAAUUGUGGAAUCUUGAAUUCUCCAAUAUGUCCACGUUGUGGGAAGAAAGUGGAGUCAGUUAUUCAUGCAAUAUGGGCUUGUAGUGAAGUGAAAGCAAUAUGGUCUUUAUCACCUUGGAGUGCCAAUCGCCAUGAGUGGAGAAUUACAUCUUUCAAGGAACUUUGGCAAGCUGUGAUUGUGGUCUCAAGACGCAGUCUUGAGAGUGUAUCAGUGUUUAACAAAGCUUUGGCUUAUCAGACGGAGUUUUACUCUGUAACUCUUGCCCCUAUAUGCUCCCAUAAUAGGCAAGGGCCUAGUCAGAGUUCUGUUAAUUGGCAUGCCCCAUUGGAUGGUCAGUACAAAAUUAAUGUUGAUGGGGCAGCCAAACUUGCUGGGUUAUUACGGGGAGUUGGAGUAGUGAUUCGCAAUGGAAAUAAGAGUUUAUGGCUGCUUGUUCUCGACAAGUGA